UCGUGAUAAAAUUGUAUCUGAAAUGAGACAGUUAGAGGAGAAAACAUUUCGCGCUACCGCCUAUUCCGAUAGAAACGAAUUUGCUUUAAAUUAUUCGAUAAGAAUCGGCCGUGGAAUAUUGAGAGUGAUCGGCGCUUGGCCACUCUAUAAAGAAAAUUCAAACAUCGAAAAGUUCUAUAGCUAUUUUGCAAAGGGCUUUUGUUAUUUUCUCUUUACCUUUCUACUCGUACCAGGGCUGCUUCGAAUUUUCUUCAUAGAACAAAAUACACGCAUACGGCUGAAGAUCUUUGGUCCUCUCUGCUCGUGUUCGAUAAACGCUAUGAAAUAUAGUAUAUUAAUAACGCGGGGGAAAAAGAUUCAAGAAUGUAUGAAGCAUGUUAGGGAGGAUUGGAAAAAAAUAGUGUUGAAAAAGGAUUAUGAAUCAAUGAUGUCGCAUGCCAAGAUUGGAAGGACUUUGGCGUUGAUGUCAGUCUCUUUUCUGUAUGGCGCUGGAAUGUCUUAUCGUACUAUUUUACCUCUUACAAAAGGCAAACUCACCAUCGGUAAUCUCACAAUAUGACCCCUUGCUUGUCCGAGUUACUUCGUAAUAUUCGAUGAGCAAAAAUCGCCAGCUUACGAGCUCGUCUUUUUUGGACAAUUUCUUGCUGGCUUCGCCGUCUACUCGGUAGCUUGUGGCGUUUGUGGUUUAGCGACCUUUCUGAUCAUGCACGCGUGUGGCCAACUCGAAAUUCUUAUGAGAAUGAUGAGAGACAUUGUCGACGGGAAAGACGACGUCGAUGAUACUGAUCCGGAUACGCGUAUCGCUGAGGUAAUUAGACAUCAAAUCCGAUCCAAGAAUUUUGUAAAGGAAGUAGAAGAGAUUCUGCAGUACAUGUGCAUGGUAGAGAUCUUGGGUUGUACUAGUCUCGUUUGUCUUGUUUUGUAUUACGUUAUCAUGGAGUGGGAAAAUAGUGAUACGACCGGAUUAAUUACAUAUUUCAUUUUUCUCCUAUCUUUCGCUUUCAACAUGUUUAUUUUUUGUUACAUCGGCGAGCUUCUUUCGGAACAGGGUGCGAAAGUCGGAAUAACUUCUUGUACUCUUGAAUGGAAUCGUCUUCCGACGAAAAGUGCUCAAAGCCUAAUAUUGAUAAUAUUAGCGUCGAAUCAUCCGAUAAAAAUCGUAGCCGGUAAAUUGAUGCACAUGUCAUUCAGAAAUUUCAAUAACCAGGAUUAUGAGAAUAUGUCAUCUCGAGGCAAACUUGGAAGAUCUUUGACGAUACUGUCAACUUGCUUGACGUAUGGUGCAAUUUUAUUUAACCGUGUGCUAAUACCACUCUCCAAAGGGAACAUAAUUGUAAACAACGUUACGAUAAGACGAUUGCCUCUUCCAAGUUAUUACAUUUUUUUCGACGUGCAGAAAUCACCAGUUUACGAAUUCAUUUACUUUGCUCAAAUAUUUACUGGAUUCGUUGUUUUCACCAUCGCUACGGCCGUAUUCGCUUUAACGACAUAUUUUAUCAUGCAUAUCUGCGGUCAAAUUGAUAUUCUGAUAAGAGAAAUUCAGGAUAUCGAGACGGCGAACUCGGACGUUGAAAAUGCUGACAAACUCAUCCGCUUGGCGAUUCAGCAUCAGAUACAAAUUAAAAGCUUUUUGAAAAAAGUAAUGCAGAUUGUAGAGUACAUGUGCCUAGUGGAAAUACUUUCUUGCAUGCUCAGUAUUUGCGUCGUCCUUUACGCUUUGAAUAGGGAUUAUACUUAUAGCGUAAUAUCUUUAAUAGGGUAUUCAACAGUCAUCAUAUCGUUCACUUUCAACCUUUUCAUUUUUUGUUACAUUGGAGAAAUUCUGGAUACUCAGAAUAUGAAAGUCAUAGCAGUUUCAAGAACGCUCGACUGGCAUAAUCUCCUCCUUAAAUCUGCCAAAAAUUUGGUAAUAGUAAUACUUGCAGCGAAUGAUCCACAGAAGUUAAUAGCAGGCAAGUUUGUGGCCCUGACAUUGAGUAACUUCACUACGAUGUUUAAAACAGCUAUCGGAUACUUCAAUAUUCUUCGAAAUACUACUUCGUAGUUGUAUCGAGCUUUGAUCUCAAUAGAUACGAUUAGGGACUAUUAAUAUCUAUGUUACACAAUAAACAAACUU